UUUAUCUUAUAUUCAGAUGUGGUAGGUUUAUUAGUCUUCACAAACUAGAAUAAUUACAAAGAAUUAGAACCCCGCGGGAUCUUGACGUGUAAAGAAGCUAAGAGAAAAAGAAACGCCGUGAACAAGUACGCAGUCUCUGUGUUGUAUUGAUUCAGUGACCGUAAAACAAAACGGCCUGCUUAUACUAUCUGCAGUCAUAUUUACAGCACCACCGCGUUUCGAAGUACGUGUUCUAAUUAGAACACAAAGACCUUCCGCACCAACGAUCGCCCUCUCUGAGCGACGUGACCUAUUUAUCCGUUACGUAAGGAAAUAUCGCAAAGUGACACCACCAUAAACCAAGUAAUUGAGUUGGCUUGUCAAUAAAAAUGGAUUCACAAAGUCCUAGCGAUGCUUCGCAUGCGAAUCCAUCGGGACAUACUCGGAUAACGAUAAAUGUACACCCAACAACAGGGGGUCAAUUCCAAAUAGAAAUUUCGCCUGACGAAACCGCCGAAGAGCUGCGAAGAAAAAUAUCAAGACGACUUCAAACUCCCAAAGAGCGAUUAAAAGUUCUCUACAAAGAACAAGUACUGGAAGCUAGACCUUUGAGAGAAUACAAUGUUGUAGAUGGAAGCAAAGUGACACUAUUACCGUCAGUUGAAAGUGGAUUUUCGUCUACAGUCCAAGGAACUCAGCAGUCAAUCAUACAAGCUAUAGAGAGUCUCUCCGACCCACAGAUCGACGAUUUCCUUUCCGGUCGACUUCCGCUUACGUUAGCUUUACGCGUCGGUGAUCACAUGAUGUUUGUUCAACUUCAGCUGGAACAGUCACAAGUCAACUCACAAAACGCAGACAAUCGACCUUCUCGAUCGCAUUCUUCUAUACCGAUCAGUCAACUCCGGCAUUCCUCUUCGACUUGUAUAUCUCCCAGGUUAUUCACCGGUGUACCCAGCGAGUCAGCUUCCUCACUCGGUGCCACAUCUUUGCUACCAAAGUCUCCAAUUGAUUUAAACAAGGCGAAAAUUUUAUCCCCUUCAGGGACGCCUGCAAACUCUGUAAUGGGUCAACCAAUAACUACUGGACCAUCUCCAAAAAUACCAAAACUUUCAGCCAAAAGCGAUGUUAGUAAAGAGAGUGAGUAUGUACAAGAGGGGCCUGAUGUAACUGGGAUCGUUCAUAAAUCUGAACGUUUUCAUCACCACCAUCCGCAUUCUGCACCAUCCUCGCCAGAAGAGCUACCAUAUGCCUUUCUGGAUCCCCGAUUUGACAGUUUGCAACAGAUUACACAUCACUACAAUCAACUCGCUUCUCAGCUCAAUCAUCACACACAAAGUGGAGCCAACCAUCUACGUCGGCUGGUCACCGCAUGCUCUUCUCUUGAACAAGUUGUGGCAAUCCCUCCACCGGGCAUGGAGCACCUAAAAGUGCCCACAACUCCCGAACAUAACCGAAAAUCCUCUCGAAAGCGGCCUUCGUCAAUGCUAUCUCCAACGGAACUCUCUCCGCCUCCUUCGUCCUCACAGAGAACUCCAUACCCUGAAAAUGUUGGACAUGCACUGCCAACGGUAAUCCAAAACGCGCUAUUGCGCCAACAUUCUCACUUGAAUGGUUUUGCGCCAUCCCAUGCUGCCUCAUUAUUAUCGUCCGCGUACGCAGAAUAUCGAGCUUCGUACCGUCCCGAAUCACCUCGUAACAGCGUUUCUUGUCCGUCUGGGUCAUCUUCUCAGGCCAGCACUACACCUGCAGAAAUUAAACUUAAACAUCCUAUCACGUCCACAAUGCUACAGACGUCUUCUUCUGGUAGUAAAGGUUGCGGAACCAGCAGACACCCCAGCAGGUCGGAAAGAAGUCACCGAAGAGCAUCAACGAGUGGAAGGAUGACAUCGGGCUCUUUAUCUCAUCAUUCCUCGGGAAUAUCAGGAGCUAGAGUUGCUCGACAGAUGCAACGUUUGAGACGUCUUUGUGGAUCACACCAACAAUGUGUAGCCUAUAGCAAUCGCGAAUUAGCGACAGAAAUUUCUUCUAUUGUUCACAUGGCAAGACACUCGCAUCAUCAUUCAAGAUCUGAAGGAUCAACUCACAGAAAGAGCCACAAGGCUUGUAGAGAGUGUCACAGUCGUGGUCGCACUUCCAGUUCGAUGGUCUCCGGUGUCACCGAUCAGAGUUCCGAUUCAAGCGCACCAUCGGGGCAGGCAGCUGGUGCAUGUAUCGAUAGCUUCACCACGCACGGGCCUGGAAUUUUUUCUGGAACAUUUUCAGGCUCUCUCCAUCCGAGCAUACAAGACGCCGACGGAAGGCCAAAAAGGGAUCCGAAAACUAUUUUACAAAUUCUUACGGAUUUACUGAACGCAACACAGCAAUAUCAGGGUCAGCUAGGCAAUGUUGGUCUCCUUCCGCAACUUUUCAAAGAUCAUUUUAAAGCUGACUCGGCUGUGAAUGCCAACAAAAACAAAGAAAAUGGGAAGGCGCACACACAUGUCGCUGCCGAUAAAAAGGACGUAAACACGCCGCCCCCUUCUGAAAGCGAAGUCCAACAACCCGGAACUUCGAAGCAACCGAUUUUAACGCCACAAAGGCAACAGCCAAAAUUGCGUCCAUCGAAUCAGAGUCACCACCAUCAACCGAAACCGGUUUACAAUCACUCCUACCUUCUGCCGCCGACUAAUAUGGCCCCAGAAAUAGGUCAAAAGCUAACCGCCCCGGCCCAGUACAUGUCGUCCGUUUCAACCAUUCCAAUAGGAGCCAUUCCUGUGACAUAUGGUUCCAGGCAUGGCACCAGCAGAAGCUCACGAAGAAACUCACCCGCUGGCAACGUUAGCAGCAAAUACUACAGAAGCCACAGCAGAUGCCACCAUCACCAUAAGCACCAUAGCGUUGAGAAAGCAUCGUGCUGCGGAUCGUCAUCGUGUAGAAGGCAGGCGAAGGCCCAGAUGAUGCUUAGCGCUUCCUACAUCAAGAGAGAACACGAAAAUUCUAACACUCGCAGCAAAAUGAAGGAACUCAAGAAGAAAAUGGAUCGACAACGUCAUCGGCGUCAAAUCAGGCGCAGUAACUCAUCCAAAGUCAUCGAUAAGCCUGAAUUGGUAGCGGAGAACCAGACCACAUCUGGAAUUGCAAUCGAACCAGUCAGUGUGGUGGCUGCUACCCACGAUAAUGCGACUACACGGGACACAAAUAUGGAGGUUCAAUUUGACGACAUCAAAAAGGAUUUUGAAAUCAAAGAAGUUGCACACGAGCCUCCCGAGACCGUCACUGUUUAAUUCUACCGUUGCCGUGCCAAGCAAUCUAGACGAGAGAGUUUCAUGUUUCCACAUCGGUGCUACUUCUCUCGUUCGCCGCGCGUGACGAAAAGGCGGAUGGAACCGGUUUCAUCAAACAGGUUGUCGCCUCUUGAAAGCACUAUGAAAACCCUCCCAUGCGAUGGAAUAGUUUUUUUAACAUAACAUGGGCUAGUAAGUGAUAAGCCAUCCUCGCCGUCACUGAAAAGAAUCCGUGGAAGAGAAUUAUUUGUAUGUUCGUUGCUGGGUACCGUGUAUUAUCUGCCUCAGCCCCCAACAUGCAUGCACUCUUGUCGAAGUAGUGAGCUAAUAUUGAAUUUUUGGGAGUGCGGGGGCAUAAUUUCAUUCUAUGAGUGACUUCGACAAUUUUUAAUAUUUAAUUUUUUGGAAGGAACACAUGCGCUUUAGAAAAUUCCUUCGUGCCUAGUUUUUGCGCUGAUUUCAAAAGCGCUUUCAUGAAAUCUUUACACAUCAUUUCACUUAAGUUUAUUUGAAUUAUUCUCCAAUUUUCUAUGUUAUAAUUAGCCUAUACGAUUGCAUUUGAAUGAUUAGCAGUCUAUAUCAAUCUCAUUGCGCACCAUCAAAAUUGCGUGUGCGAAUUUUCUUUAUACUUACCGUAUUAUCUCUUUAUCAUCUAUCUACAUGUAUGUUUCCCUUCGUGCGCGUGAAUGACUAAGUAAGCCAUAAAACUUGAAGCACGGCCUGAUACGAUUACGAUUUUAGUUCUUUUUAUGAUGUGGCAACAUACGUGCCUUUGAAUCUGAGGAUGCCUAUAAAUUUCAAGUUAUUGAGUUCUAUCUUACAUUUAUAUAUACUCGGACUGACAGUAACAUAGUAUUAUUGAAGCUAUCUUAAGAUGGUAUUAUCGAGUUUAUCAGAUCAUUUCGUUACUUCUUUGUGACUGCGCGUUGUGCAUGCAAAAAACAAUAUUUUAAAGAUAUUGUGCCUGAUAUUUAAAAGAGUGGACAUGUCUUGUUGUAUAUAAUAAACUACCUCAUCAUUUUUCAAACUCACCUUGGUAAUCUCGUGUUUUUUUUAAAAUAGGCGGGGCGUUUUACGGGUGUGCACGGUAUGAUUUAAUCCAAUAUGCUUUCAACCGUCUGUUUGCUUAUCUAACUUUAUAUAGUUAUUGUAGCUGAUAAACUAGUGUAUUAUAGUUGAGGUGACACUAAUGUACCCGCGCAUGUCGUCCUUGUUUAAUAUAUGACGAGGCAAAAUGUGACUUACCACGCUUGUUGUGGGUUCCCACGAAUUAAGUUAUUUCAGGUUUUAUCCUAUUUGUAACCCUACUAGAUUCUCCAAGUAUUUUUGCAGUUAUUUUCUAUUUGAUGCUUUUUGUUUACUGAUUAAUUUCUUUCCAUGAAUUUCGUGAUUUUAAUCUCCCUCUCUCUUUAUCUGUUAGUACUAUUUCAGACUCAUCGCUACUUAUUCAUAUCGAUGCCAUAUUGUUACCACUCCUUUCGUUCUUAGUCGCAAUGUAAAAAAUAAAAUGAAUCUGUAUAA